CUCCUCGGCGCACUGCGCUGACUCUGCAGAAGGAAAUCAUCGGGGGAGUGUAGGAAGGCGUUUUUUUUAAAGCGUUUUUCUCAAGGUAGGACAAGCCGUUACAACACAGCUUCUGCUUGUCAGCUAUCCCUUCUGUUUCCUCGACUUCUUCAGUUUACGGUUUGGGAAAAGAAGAGGGGACAGAGUGUCGUGGUCGUGCGUUCCUCUCCGUGAGACCGACGCGUUUCCAAACGUCCUGCCGCGCGUUUUUCUCAGUGAAGACGCCCGGACACACUGAUUCUCUCUUCGGGAUAAAAAAAACAAAAAAAAAACAAAAAAAGAUUGACAUUUUUCCCGCGUUGUAUACUAAAAACUGUGAUAAACGGCAAAGAUACGUUUGUGAAAGCAACACCGACGGUGAACCACCUCGGACAGCGUGCAGUAUUGAAGAGGAGAAAGUUCCCCACUUGAGGGCGAAAUCAGACUUUUUUGAGGACGCCAACUUUGAAAAGUGCCAGGAGCCCCGGGGUCUGUCAGAUACAACAUGCAGCAAUGUCCAAGGAGGCAGAGUUGGAUGUGAGAGGCAGUAAGUGCGACAUAGUCCCACAAGAGCCCAGCACGGACCCGGAGCCGCCCAGGCCACCUCCAGCUAAGGCUAACCAACCCACCGGCACCGCUGGCGUUUGCACGAGCAUCCCCUCCAGUAGCCACAGUAGCAGCAGCACCAGCAGCAGCAGCAGCAGAAGUGGUCUGGGUGGCAUUAGCAUCGUUAGCAGCAGCGCUGAGGGAGCAGGCGAAAGCUCCAUGCAGUUCAGCACCAGACCGCCUAGUGCUGAGCAGCCGGGCUUCAUGGGGACAUGGCAGCAGCAGAGCACUGACAGCAACCUCCUCUACAGAAUGUCCCAGCAGGGUGCUGUAACGCGGCUUCCUUUGAAGUGCGACAGGUCGACUAUGGGCCGAGACCUAGAAGAGGCCAUUCGCUGCACACUGGUGAACUGCACAUGUGAGUGUUUCCAGCCAGGGAAGAUUCACCUACGAACAUGUGACCAUUGCAAACACGGCUGGGUAGCUCACGCUCUGGACAAGCUCAGCACCCAGCACCUGUACCACCCGACCCAGGUGGAGAUCGUUCAGUGCAAUGUGGUGUUCGACAUCAGCAGCCUGAUGCUGUACGGCACCCAGGCCGUACCUGUCAGGCUCAAGAUCCUUCUCGACCGCCUCUUCUCCGUGCUGAAGCAGGAAGAGGUGCUGCACAUCCUGCACGGACUGGGCUGGACCCUCCGAGACUACGUCCGGGGCUACAUACUGCAGGAUGCUGCAGGCAAGGUGCUGGACCGCUGGACCAUCAUGUCCCGGGAAGAGGAGAUCAUCACCCUGCAGCAGUUCCUGCGCUUUGGUGAGACCAAGUCCAUUGUGGAGCUGAUGGCUAUUCAGGAGAAGGAAGGUCAGGCAGUUACAGUUCCCUCCUCCAAAACAGACUCCGGGAUUAGGACGUUCAUUGAAAGCAACAACAGAUCCCGCAGCCCAGGGCUCCUGACACAUCUGGAAAACAGUAGCCCAUCCAGCAUUCACCAUUUUGAGAAUAUCCCCAACAGUUUAGCCUUCCUCCUGCCUUUCCAAUACAUCAACCCAGUCUCUGCCCCUAUGCUUGGCUUGCCCCCCAAUGGCAUGCCAUUGGAGCAGUCUGCUCUCCGGCUCCGGGAGCCCAGCCUGCCAAACCAAGGUGAACAAGUGGACACCAGUGAGUCAGAAGUGUCCCUAUCACCCUUCCGCACAGGCCAGAGCCCGAGCCGUGGAGCUCUGGGACCCAUGAACAACAUUGAACCCAAGACAGAGCCCAACAACAGGGCAUCACCCAUCUCACCAACCCCUUCCACCCAGCAGGCUCAACAACAGCAGCAACAGCAAACAUCGCUCCAACAGCAGCAGCAGGGCCAACAGCACUCCCAAAAUCAAUCUCAGCAAUCCAACAGGUUGAGCGACCACCAGGCCCACCACCACCUUGUAAAGGAUGAGCAGUCUAAAAGCAUCACCCAUGCUUCCUUUUCCUCCAAGAUGCAUCGUAUGCGCCGCAUGGGCUCCACCUCACGCAAGGGUCGUGUUUGCUGCAAUUCUUGUGGCAAAACCUUUUAUGACAAGGGCACACUUAAGAUACAUUAUAAUGCUGUACACUUGAAGAUCAAACACCGUUGCACCAUUGAGGGCUGCAAUAUGGUCUUCAGCUCACUACGCAGUCGCAACCGCCACAGUGCCAACCCGAAUCCACGGUUGCACAUGCCCAUGCUGCGCAAUAAUCGCGACAAGGACCUCAUCCGUUCAACCACUGGUACACCUGUCAUCUCAAGCACCAAGAAUGGUGGCUUCACACUCACCAGCCCUGGAAGGCCACCACUGGGCUUCACUACUCCACCGGUAGACCCGAUGCUUCAGUCACCCCUGCAAAGCCCACUGGUUUUCCCGUCGCUGAAGUCAGUGCAGCCUGUCCAGCCAGUACCCCCUUUCUACCGCACACUACUGUCCCCUGCGGACCUUGUCAGUCCUCCUGUGUCACUGCCCACCAGCCCCAUCCUGCCCACAACCACCAACAGUACCACCCUGAUGGACCAACAACAGCAUCUCCUGGCUGCUGCAGCAGUGGCUUCACAUAAUAAUGUUCAUAUGUCAGAGAUAGUCCCCAUGUCCCACCGCUUACACACAACUAGCGCCAAUCACGACCUCAACACUGGCAGCAGUGACCCCACGCCCAAAAAGAAGCCUCGUAAAUCAAGCAUGCCAGUGAAGAUUGAGAAGGAAGUGAUUGAUGUGGCUGAUGAAUACGAGGACAAAGAUGAUGAUGAUGAUGACAUCCACCAUAAUCACCACCAUCACUCAUCCCUUCUUCACAACAAUGUCAAAAUGAAUGGUAACUGUAACAGCAACAACAACAGUGGCAGUGGUACUGGGAACCACAGUGGUGGCAGUGGGCAGCAAUCCCCUUCCCAGGAUGAGAUGAGCCCUGGCCUAGCUCUGAGAGGCAUGAUGAGACAGAGUGAAGAUGAAUGCCGGGAAGGGACUGGCAGUGACAGCAGGGGUGGGAAUGAUCUGCAAGGCUCUGGUGAGCUACGUUGUAUGGGCAGCUUCACCUCUGAGGACCAGGAUCAUGAAAGAGACUUUGAGAACGAAUCUGAAACCUCUGAUUCCAAGAUGUUCUACCGUGAUGAGCUGAUGGAUGUGGAGGAACAGCAAAAGCAAAGCAGGGGUGGAAGGUGUCUGGACAAGGAACAGGAUGAUGAGGGUUGUGACGAAGCCCAGUUGAGAAAGGAAAUGGAAGGCAAGGGUCAUUCCUCACCCUCCCCUCAUCAGCCCCCUAUCAGGAUCAAGGAAGAACUCAACGAUCCUACUUACGACAUGUUCUGCAUGGGCCAGUAUGGCCUCUAUAACGGAGGCAUGGCAGCGGCUGCUGCUGCUGCAAGCAUGGCUGCUCUGCAUGAGAGCUUCAUCUCUUCGAUGGGCUACGGUGCCAGCCCACCCAAAUUCCCUUCUUCUCAAUCACCAGAGGGAGACCCAUGCUCAAGUCCUGACCCCAAGAUCUGCUAUGUGUGUAAGAAGAGCUUCAAGAGUUCCUAUAGCAUGAAACUGCACUACAAGAAUGUGCAUCUCAAAGAGAUGCAUGUGUGCACUGUGGCUGGCUGCAACGCUGCCUUCCCUUCCCGGCGGAGCCGAGACAGGCACAGCUCCAACAUCAACCUGCACCGCAAACUGCUGACCAAAGAGCUGGACGACAUUGUCCUGGACCCCCAACUCCCGCCACUGCCCAAGGACCUGCGAGCCGAGUUACUGGCAAAGAUCUACGCCGGGCACCACAUGGGCUUGGACCGAUAUGCCGGGAUUGGCAUCGGAGGCGCCAGUCUCCGGCCCACUGGCAUGAACCACAAUGCCCAUUCCCCCAUGAGCAGUGAGUAUCCCCACCACCCUCUCAACCAUAACCUUAAAAACCACCACACCAACGGCUUCUCCCGGGCCCAGCCAGACGACUACAUGGUGUUGGACCUGAGCACCACAUCCAGUGUACAAUCCAGCAGCAGCGUCCACUCCUCACAUGAGUCAGACGAGGGCAGCGAUGAAGGCAUCCUAUUGGAUGAUCUGGAGGAGGAGGGAGAAGAGGAUGAGGAGGAGGGCAACAGUGAGGGGGAGGACUGCUCCCAGCAUGCCGAGGGGCGGGCUGAAAGAAGGCAUCGGGAUGAAACUGGAGAACUAAGAGGAGAAGGACCUGGUGAGGGUUUGGAACCUUCCUCCUCACCAUUCCUUUUUUUGCCCACCGGGGGCAGUAAUGGUGGCAACAGUGGGAUCCUCUGCAACAUCUGCCAUAAAAUGUACAGCAACAAAGGAACCCUGCGUGUGCACUACAAGACUGUGCACCUGCGCGAGAUGCACAAGUGCAAAAUCCCCGGUUGCAACAUGGUGUUCAGCUCUGUGCGCAGCCGUAAUCGACACUCUCAGAACCCCAACCUCCAUAAAAACAUGCCCUUCUCUACAAUAAUAGACUAAAUAAUGCCUUGCUAUUCGACCCUGCGGUCAGUCGGCCCGCUCCUCCCUUCGUUCCUCAUCCUUAUUCCUCCUCAAAUUAGCUUUUAAUCCCGGCCCAGGGCCGUCAAAUACAAGCUAAAUGCCUGUAUGCCUCCUGCCCGUCCUCUGUAAGUCAUUGCAAGACAUUUCUAUAACCCUCUAUAAAAUUCAUCGACUCUAAAUACAGUUUAUUAUUGUGACCUUUGACUUUUCCUUCUUUGGAAGAACAGGAUGACGCUCUUGCGCAUGGAGUUUGCUUUAUAACUAUUUUUUUUUUUGCAUAAGCCCCUCCAUCUUUCCUUUGAGACUUCUCCCCGCUUUGUUUUUGUCCGUCUCCAAAGAAUCUAUUCAAACUCUUAUUUGUGACUUUGCCUGCAGAAAUGAUAGUAUUGAGAAAAAAAAAGAAAAUCUUCUUGUUGUAUUUGUGUAAUGAUAGCUUUUAAAUCAACCCCUUACAAAAGCAUGACAGCUUCAUUUGUAAAUAAUGUUCCAAGAGGCUUUUGGUGUAAAAGAGUUGUGUUGAUGGUUGUUUGCUUCUUUUUUCUCUCUCGUUAUGGUUUUAUGUUACAGUCCAGUACAAUACUUCCAGCUAUAGGCAAGAAAGAGGUAGCAUCUUACUAGCUUGACUCAUUUAUGUUAGCUUCAAAGACACGUUUUAAACUAAGUCCUAGGGAAAAAAAAGAAUAUCAUGUGACUUGUUUUAUCUACUUGUUAGAUAUUCAGAGGUUGCCGGCAUGCUUUUUUAGGCUCCUACACUGAUAUCAUUCUCUGUAUUUCUAUUGUUUUUUUUGUUUUUGUUUUUUUGUCUGUUAUGUUUAUGAGCUUUAGCAUACCAGUUCAGUUUUUGCACUUUGCAUCUAUACAAGGGGAUGUGUAAUAUUAUUAUGAGGACUUUUGCAAUGGUGAGUUUAAAUGUUGUACGGGGUCAUUGAUGGCUACAGUGCCAAGGUAAAUGAUAAUACCUUCAACAUACUGUACUUGUGCCAGUUUCUUUUUGCACAUGCUCAGUUUCAAACAGUUUCACAGCAGAAAACGUCUCACCGCCCUGAACAAAACCUGAGAUCUUCCCGAUCGCUAAACAACGUAUUCAGAAAGGGUCUCCAAAGUGUCUUGCCUCACAACAAAUCCAAGUGUGACUGAAUAUAAACUGCUGUUUCACAAACACAAAGGAGUUAAAUAUUGAUAAAGUCUCUCCUCUUUCUUUGUUUGUUUAAUUUGUGUAUGGUUACCAGGUCGGAUCACGAUAAUUACUUCAGAGGUUCAGUGGGGUCAUCUGUGUAAAGCAUGACAUUAUUGUGACAUUGUCAAACAAAGUUAUCAAGAACUCGUGGUUGUUCUUACAAAAGGCAUCUUAAUGAAAUAUAACUGUCCCAAUAGAUUGGAGGAAAAAAAAAAAGAGAGAAAAAAGAUGGAAAUAGUCAUUCAACUGUGACCAAAACAAAACUAAAUUGUUUGCUUAAGAAGAGCUCCUUUAGUGUGGCAGUAUGUACUUAAAUCAUGCCCCAUUGGAUUAAUAUGAUGCACUUGAGUCUUAAAUCUUUUGCUGUGAUAUUUUCGGUAUCGGUUUCCAUUGCUGAGUGUCAGCUACAAAUGUACUCUAUGAAAGAUGUUGCCAUUUUCCUGGCUGUUGUUUGCAGCCAUUUUUAACAUGUCCAUGACUGUCUUACGGUACAAAUAUUUCCAGUAACUGGGCAAAGUAGCCAAGGGAAGGGGUAUUUAUUGGUGGGUGAUAUAUCUUCAUGGAGAUGUGUUUGUCCAGUAUAAGAAUAUUUUUUGUAAAAAGACAAAAAAUAGAGAUUGUUCCUCAGUUUGACUUGUUUAUCAAUGUAUUAGCAAUGCCAUGUGUUACAAUACAAGGAGAUCUUCUCUUACUUGACUGGUGCUACACAGAGGGAAAAAUAUGUGUUACGUGGUGUGCUGUACAGUAUUCACAACACCUUACAUCCAUAACAGUGUUGAGUUCCAUUUGUUUCAUACUUAAGCCAUUUUGCAAUAUAGACAUGACCUAUUCUAGUGAAAUAUUUCAUGUCUUUUUUUUUUUUUAAGACUCCACCUAUAUGACACAUGCAGUUUUCAGUCUUCUCUUCUCAGAGAUAAAGAGAGCGAGACAGAGAGCUGAGGCUGAUGGAAAGGUUGCGGAGGUGGAAGGCUGACUAGGGAGGAAAGGAUGACAGCAGCGAUCAUUAAAAAUGUGCUGCUUCUCCGUUACCUGGAGGCGUCCCUGCCAUUCCAGCUUCUUCUGUCUAAUAACUCACUUGUCACUUCGUUACACUGCCAGACUCCAAGGUUGCUGACAAGACUAUGACACUGACAGAAAGAGAAAAGAAAGGACAGAGACUGUGUGCUCCGAACAAUUCAAUUUGACCCAUUCAAUUUAGCUGAAUUCAGUUAAUCUAUUCAUUUUCUGUGUGUGCUUAUUCUGAUUCAGGGUCGCUGAUAAUUCAAUUCAGCUCUUUACCCUCAUUCUGUUUUUCUCUUUGUCUGUCAGAGCGCAGUCAUUUAACAACCGCCUUACCCAUUUCUUCAACCCGCCACUCACUUACCACCUCCACACCCCACAGCGCAAGUCCUACAGGGACACACACUAAUAGUGUAUGCUUAAGUUCACCGGACGGCCAUGGCAUAGGAAAAAGGGAUGGGUAAUUGCCUGUUUAUCCCAAGUGAAGGGAAAAUUGAGUACAGGAACCCCUGCCUUCUCCCAGGAGUGGGUUUCACUGAGGCGCUUGCUGCCUCAUUCACUCAUUCAAUCCCCCCGGCACUCGCUCUGGCAGAAAUAAAAAAGUGCUACUGCAGGAACCCUGCUGACAGCUGUCUCUCUAACACACAACCAUACAAACACACACACACACACACACACACACACACACACACACACACACACACACACACACACAGGAAACAAAACUCUCCAUCUACCAUUAACAUUAUAGCUGCUGACACUACAUAGAAAGCUAAUAUUCUGUUAUGGAGGAUGGUGUGAGCAAGCACUGAGUCAGGCAUGGAAAGCUCAAAGCUCCUAUAAGUAGUAGUAUUUCAUUAACAUUUAUUUUCAUUUUCUAAUACUUUUCCAUUUACAUUUAACCUAAAGAGGACACUGUUUAAUGAAGAAAAUAUAUUAAAAAGGCCAGCAAGUUCACAGAUUGAUUUGAACUCUCCAGAAUUAAGAAAGCUAUGCCCUUCUUCAUCUGAGAAAACACGUUCUCUCAGUGUUUUUUAGACUCCACCACACUCUUCAUGCACUGUUCCUUGCUGUCCAUUUCUCAAGCAGCUGCUGUGCGUGACCUCUAUCUGUGUACAUGCCAGGAAGAAAACUGAAUAUCAUAGAAGAGACUUUCUUAUAACACAAUUCUCCCACCUCCUACGGGCUGCUUGUGAGUCCUGCAUGAUGCUGGUCAUGCCAGCUCAGAGGCUUGAAACAGAGCUGAGAAAACAUGCAAAGUCCAGCAUAGCAAAGGAGACAGACGGCAAGAGAGAAAGAGAAAGAGAGAGAGAGAGAGAGAGAGAGAGAGAGAGAGAGAGAGAGAGAGAGAAGGGAGAGAUGGUGGAAAGGGAUUGGGCUUAGAAAGUGGUCUGGCUGGAGCCUUGCGGCAGUCACUUAACAAGGCAGGGGAGAAAGAGAGGAACACAGGGAGAGGAGAGAGCAAGAGAGCAGCAGGGCCAGGACUCCCCAGGAGUCUUCGCCAGCUUCUUCUAGAUUGCCUGCUGGAGAGCGAUCGAGCCAGCCCUCACAUUUCCACCCCUCUCCCCUACACUCUUCUCUCCUCUGAGAAAUGACCACCAAUUUCCCCCUUCUCCUCUGAGAGAGCCCCCAAUCCAAUCUUUGUCUUUCUUACUUCUCCAACCACAUGGACCCAGGUGCAUCCUGCUACCUAGUGACCGGGCUGUGGAUCCGCGGGAACACGUCACUUAGAGCGCCCGAUUGGCCCGGACCACUGAAGUGAAUCUUUAAUAUUUGAUUAGACGAGCGUCAGGCAUCAGUUAUUCUGUAAUUCUACAUAGCACACAGAGGGGAGAAGUGGAUGGCAAACGGCUAAAGCGGCUGACCUGUUAAUCACUGUCCGUUUUGUUCACGUCACAGCGUGAGCACAAUAGGUGUAAGCGGAGAGAAUGAGAGGUGACACUGCAUGCAAACUGUCCAGUUAUUAGUCAUGUAACAAAGUGGGAUUAAAAUGUUUGAUAGGACAUUGUAAGAAAUAGGCAGAUGGAAGAAAAAUACACACAUUUUUGUAUAGAUGCUUCAGUCUCAAGUUAUAUUCUUAAAAAAAAAAAAAAACUACCCUCAUUAUACCCUCAUUAAUUUGAACUGGAACCUGUGAAAUGUCGAGAAUUAAUUCAUAUAAUGUUUUCCAUUGUGCCAAUUAUAUUUUAUAGUCUUAAAGUGUAAAUAAGCUUGAGACCUGGUGAAUUUAGAUUUUUUUUUUUUUUCACACUGUUUUUGUGUAUCCAAUGCAUUUAUGUCUUUAAAAGCCCAUGUUAUGGCACUGGCACUCGACAGCGUUGCAUGGCUACAUCGUCGCACUGCAAAGAACGAACAGAGCAGGGGAGCUUGCGUCACUUUGGUGUCAAAAUGGUGAUUUGAAAGCCUCAUGAAUACUGUAUGUUACCUAAACAGGUGUUUCCCAUUUGCAGACAGGAGGAAGAAAUGGUCCUCUUUCUAAAAGACUCUUGUUUCUUUCUUUUCUUUUUUUUUUUUUUUGCCUUUCUUGUAUUUGUUUUUGUAUCAUAACUGUCUAUGGUUUUUGCAUAAAAUGCAUAAGGGUUUUGGGAUGUAAAUGGAAUUUUAUUCAUAUUUUGUCCAAAUACCUCUUGUAAUUUGUAUCAGAAUUCUUGUACAAUUUUUAUAUUAAAGAUUUAUCAGUCA